AUAAAGUUCUAUUUUUGGUUAUUGGCAAGUGAUUUGUGAAAGUCAAUGUCAACGAUUCUGCCAAUGUCAGAUGUGAAAUAAGAAACCAGAAACCUUACUGUUUAUAACCACGACAAACAGGAAAGUAUUAUAGAAACAAGUAAGUAGUUGAACUCCUUAAAGUGGAACUUGCUGGAUACCACUAUUGCUAAUCCUACGGACUACGACGUCCUACUACGCUACUGCUCUAGGAGCUUGAUCGACAGAUACGGAAUUUGAGCCUCAUGAUCCGCAAUAUUGAAGAGCUGCCGGAAGGUCGGGGUCUGGAAACUGCUUUGCAUCCCAAAAGGAUGCGCAGAUGGCAACCAUCAAAUGUCCCACCACCUUCAUCAGCGUCGCCAUCAUCGCCAUCGAGGUCUGCACGCGCUGCUCCGUCGCCGCAUCUAUCUCCAGCUUCACCUCGUCGUCGUCGGCGCCUGCUAGAUAAAUGUACCUCCGACCUCAUCAAUUAUGGAAGUGAUGAUGACUCUGACAACAGUGAUGAGGAAGGGGAUAUUGUUGCUCCAGUUGUUCCAAGAGUGUGUCGGACCUUGAUGGAAACACCCUUGGACCAUGACUAUGAUGUGAAUACCGCCGGGGACCCAGCACCAGCCACUCACAGCACACUUGCCGGUGGACUUGAGCCCGCCGAUGUCCCCCUUAGGGCGACGGAGCAGCCAUGGCGUCUCUAUGACUUCAACUGGAGAGAGUUUCCAAACCCUCCUCCCUCACCUGAAUCGAGGCGAGAAUUUUUUUCCAAUAUUAAUGUCGGUCCGACAACUCCACAUGCCGACCCAUAUGACAUUUUCAUCGAAAUAUGGGAUCGGCAAAUUAUGGAGCACAUUGCCUCGGAGACGAAUAGAUACGCUCGGCAGGUGGUAUCCCAGAUGUGUAAUAGUAAUCAACUCUUCCCCAGAAGCCGCAUCAUCCGUUGGUAUGACACCACGGCCGAUGAACUAUAUGUUUAUUUCGGCCUAAAUCUAGCCAUGGGGAUUGUGAGUAAAUCACGGUUGGAGGAAUACUGGGGUUCCACCCCUGACGUAUUUCAUACUCCGGGUUUUAGCGCACACAUGUCCAUCGACCGUUUUUUACUUAUUAAUAAAUGUCUGCAUUUUAAUAACAACGAUGACAUGCGUGCGCUAGACCUGGACUACUCCGAGGCCAGGUUAUUUAAAAUUAAGCCAAUACUGGUACACCUAAACCAAAAAUUUCAAAGUAUGUAUACUCCAGCGCAGAACCUUGCGCUGGACGAAAGUCUUUUAAUGUGGAAAGGCUGGUUGGAAAUUUGCCAGCUUAUCCCAAAUAAAGCAGCAAAUAGAGGCAUUAAAACUUAUGAGAUUUGUGAAUCUCGAACCGGCUACCUAUGGCGGUUUGAGAUUCACGCUCAUAAAAGGUCUCAGCCUCAGCACUACGAAAGUCCACUGGACGCGUCUACCCCGGCUAUUGUCCUAAAACUAGUCCAAGGACUGGAACACAAGGGGUACACGCUCUGGAUGGACAAUUUUUACAAUUCCCCAUGUCUGGCUCGUCGACUCAAGUGUUUGGGCUUUGACUGCGUAGGGACUUUGCGGACAGAUCGCAAAUUUGUCCCGCAGGUCCUAAACAGCCUAACUAAAACUAAUAUGCGACGGGGACAGAUCGCUGGUCUCAGCUCAGGGGACGUCGAUAUCAUGGUAUGGAGAGAUAACAGUAGGGUAGCUAUGAUCUCUACAUACCAUGGCAACGGCCAACAAACAGUCGGAGAGUCCACCAAACCCAUCUUGAUAUUGGAUUACAAUAUCAUGAUGGGUGGGGUGGAUAAAAAAGACCAGCUUCUGGCCAUGUAUCCUGUCGAAAGAAAACGUUCAAAGGUGUGGUACAAAAAAUUAUUUAGGAGACUUCUAAACGUCUCUGUAUUAAAUUCGUAUAUCAUCCAUCAACACACUUCUUCUGUCACUCAUCGAAAUUUCCGUAUGAGACUUGUAAAAUCUAUUCUAUCUAAACAUUCCACCACUCCGCGGAUCCCGCCAGCACUCACACAGCAUAAAGCGGACGUAAGCCACCGCUUGUCUAUGUAUCCCAAAGGGAAACAUCAGCGCUUGCGGCGGGCUUGCGCGGCUUGCAAUAAACGGGUGCUUACGUUCUGUGUUGGCUGCCUCAAAACGGUUUGUAUGGAGCCCUGUUUCCUUAAAAUACAUUCGUAGUUUUAAUAUAUAUGAAAUACUAGCUUCUGCCAGCGGCUUCGCCCGCGUGGUGUGUUGAUAAAAAAUAGCCUAUGUGUUAAUCCAGGGUAUCACCUAUCUACAUACCA